CCGACCUAUUACAAUAACAACGAUAUGUUAUAAUUCCGUCGUUACAGCUCCAUGUAAAAAUUGUUUAUUAAAAGCGAGUCACUUUGAUGGGUACGCUCACCUAUAAGUAGUUAUACACAUUGGAAAAGUUUGAAUUUGUUAAAAACCGCCUCGAAAACCAUGUUGUUUACACUUUUUUUAUUGAUUGCGACUUCAAUCGCAACCCUUCACGCUUACCCAUUUGCUUCGUAUUCAAACCCAUCUUAUUACCCAUACAACCAGGGUAACAGAGUGGUUUUCUCUGGAAAAGAUGCCAACUGGAGAUACACUGGGAACUACCCCAUUAGCCAUGGGGUGGGUUAUAGUGACCGAAAUAGGGGUGGUUCUGGUUAUGGUGGAUAUCCUGGAGGUUACGAAUCGAUGAUUCGAAAUGGUGGGCCUUAUUUUGGAGGAAAUGGUUAUGGGGGUGGUUACAGGCCAGGUUGGGCAAACGGGAGUUACAAUGGGGGUGGUUACAGGCCUGGGUUGGGUUAUGGGGGUUAUUAUGGUGGUGGAUAUAGGCCUGGGAUGGGGUACGGAGGUUAUGGGGGUGGUUAUGGUGGUCGGUAUGGGGGUUAUGGGAGUGGAUAUGGUAAUGGUUAUGGUGGUGGAUAUGGUAAUGGUUACGGGGGUGGUGGUGGUGGUUAUGGGGGUUACGGUGGCUAUGGUGGUGGGUACGGUAAUGGAGGAUAUGGUGGCAGGUUUUAUUAAAAAUACCAAAAGCGUUAGUAUUUUUUUGUACAAUACAUUUUUUGCAAAGUU